UCUCUCCCCCCCCCCAUUUUUUCUGAGGCAUUUCACUUCUCCCAUUGUCCUCCCAAGGAGGGGGGAGGAGAGAGGCUCCUCUGAUCACUGGAGCCACAGUAGAACUUCUCCCAUUAUAUUUGUUCUGUCUUCACACACACAAGGAAAACCAAGGGGGUAUAUUGAGGAGAUCCACCAACCAUCCAAGAACAUUUGCAUUAUUUUGCAUUUGCAUUAUUUUGUAUAUUGUGUGCUGUGGGGAAUAAUGGAACCAAUUUGAAAUAUACUUUAAAUCUCCCUUUACAAACGAAAAACAACACACACGAGGCAGUGAGUCAUCGAGGCAGAAGUACAUCAUUUGAAUAUAUUUGCGCCGGAGGAUGCAAAACAAGACUUAGACGGAACUGGAGAUAAAAACCAUAUCUAGGAUCUAGAUCUUAUAAAGGGAUAUAAGCCGUAACUAGGCAAUUCCAGUGCAGCAUUCACACCUGCUGGUGCCUCCCAACCUCCAUGUCUGUUUGCUGUGGCUUCCUUCCUCUGUGAGUUCUCGUCUAGGUUUAGAAACUUUUGCAGUGGAAUCCCAAACCCCGCUCCCCCAGAAAGACUGCUUGGUCUUGGGGGGCUAAGUUGGAAGAAGGAAAGAUGUUCUGCUAGAGCGCCAAAGUUCCUGCCGGAGGAGCCCCUUGAUCUUCAGCCCGAGGAGCGGCAGCGCCUGAAGCGGCCCCCGACGGCGGCGGCAGGGCGCCUUCUCUGCGGCGGCCGCGCCAGCGCCUCCCCUCGGAGCUGGACCUCGCCCUCCUCGGCGGGGCGGCGCCUCCUUGUGCCUGCGCGCAGCCCCGCGACUUCUGCUCGGCUCCUCGGCGCAGCCAUGCCGUCCUACUCGGUGACGGUGGCGACGGGCAGCCAGUGGUUCGCGGGCACCGACGACUACGUCUACCUGAGCCUGCUGGGCUCGGGCGGCACGAGCGAGAGGCACCUGCUCGACAAGCCCUUCUACGACGACUUCGAGCGCGGCGCGAUUGAUACUUACGAUGUGACAGUAACUGAAGACCUGGGGGAGAUCCAGCUGAUAAAAAUUGAGAAACGGAAGUACUGGUUUCCUGAUGACUGGUACUUGAAGUAUGUCACCGUGAAAACACCCAUGGGUGACUACUUAGAGUUUCCUUGUUACAGAUGGAUUACAGACGACAAAGAGGUGGUACUCCGAGACGGACGAGCCAAGCUUUCUGCAGAUGACAAGACUCAAGUUCUUAAGCAUCACAGACGCAAAGAGCUGGAGGAUCGUCAGAAGAUGUAUCGGUGGGCAGAAUGGCACCCAGGCUUUCCCCUGAACAUAGAUGCCAAAUCUCACAAGGAAUUGCCUCGAAACAUCCAGUUUGACAGCGAGAAAGGCGUCGACUUUGUUUUGAAUUAUACUAAAGCGAUGGAAAAUCUCUAUGUUAAUCGUUUCAUGCACAUGUUCCAAUCUUCCUGGAGUGACUUUGCAGAUUUUGAGAAGAUAUUUGUCAGAAUAAGCAAUACCAUUUCUGAGUAUGUGAUGCAGCAUUGGCAAGAAGAUUUUAUGUUUGGAUACCAGUUCCUGAAUGGGUGCAAUCCUGUAUUGAUCCAAAAGUGCACAGAGUUACCAAAGAAAUUUCCCGUGACUACGGAAAUGGUAGAAUGCAGUUUGGAGAGAAAUCUGACUCUGGAAGAGGAAAUAAAGCAAGGGAAUAUUUUCAUAGUGGAUUAUGAACUUCUGGAUGGUGUUGAAGGCAAUAAGACUGACCCCUGCACUGUGCAAUAUCUGUCUGCUCCAGUCUGUUUAUUAUAUAAGAAUUUAGAGAAGAAGAUUGUCCCUAUUGCAAUCCAGAUAAAACAAGCUCCUGAGCCAGGGAAUCCUAUUUUCCUGCCAUCAGAUGCAAAGUAUGACUGGUUAUUGGCCAAAAUUUGGGUACGUUCUUCGGAUUUCCACAUCCAUCAGACUGUUACUCACCUCCUUCGGACUCACUUAAUUUCUGAAGUGUUUGGAGUAGCCAUGUUCCGGCAACUGCCUUCCGUCCAUCCUCUCUUUAAGCUCCUGGUAUCCCAUGUGCGGUUUACAAUAGCCAUCAACACUAAAGCCCGAGAACAGCUUAUCUGUGAAUAUGGCCUUUUUGACAAGGCCAAUGCCACCGGAGGAGGAGGGCUUGCGCAGAUACUCCAGCGAGCGAUGAAGCACCUCACCUACACUUCCCUGUGCUUCCCUGAAGAAAUCAAGGCAAGAGGCAUGGGAAGCACGGAGGACAUUCCAUACUACUUUUAUCGGGAUGAUGGUCUCAAAGUGUGGGAGGCCAUAAAGAGCUUUGUGACAGAUGUUGUGGACCUCUAUUACGAUAGCGAAGAGAUGGUUUGUGAAGACGUGGAACUCCAGGCCUUUGUGAAGGACGUCUAUGUUUAUGGGUUGAGAGGAACCAAGGCUUCAGGAUUUCCGAAGACAAUAAAGACACGCCAGAAGCUGUCAGAAUAUCUCACCGUAGUGAUCUUUACAGCAUCUGCACAACAUGCAGCAGUAAAUUUUGGUCAGUACGACUGGUGUUCCUGGAUUCCUAAUGCCCCUCCAACGAUGCGUCGCCCACCCCCUACAGAGAAGGGGAACGUCACCAUUGAGUAUAUUGUUGAGAGUUUACCGGAUAGAGGGCGCUCUUGUUGGCAUCUUGGUGCUGUUUGGGCCUUGAGUCAGUUUCAAGAGAAUGAAGUGUUUCUGGGCAUGUAUCCAGAUGAACAUUUCAUAGAGAAGCCAGUGAAAGAGGCCAUGAGGAAAUUCCGCAAGAAUCUUGAUGAAAUUACCAGUUGCAUUGCUGAGCGGAACAGGAACAAAAAACUCCCCUACUAUUAUCUUUCCCCGGAUCAAAUACCUAACAGUGUGGCUGUUUGAAUUAGCCUUUUCAAAGGCAUGGAAAGGCAGUGAACCGGAGUGACAAUCAUGGCAAAUUAUCUGCAAGCAAAUCAGCUGGCUUCAAACCAAAUUGGGUCUUAAUUUGUACUAGAUACUAUUGUAGUUUUAAGUUUUCUUUGAAUAUCUAUCCCUCAUAUAUAAUUAGUUGAUACCGUGUUACUGUCCGAUAAUAAUUUUUAUAAUUGUCAGGAAAUACAAAACCUUAAGGAACAUUUUUUACCUUAAAAACAGAACCUUUACCAAUGGAGAAACUCUAUUCCACACAUUUGUUUCCUAUUUGUGGUCAGAACACCUCUGUUUUGGAAGCUGUUACCCCGUUUUCAGUAAGUUUUUGUUUUUAGGAACCGAGUGAAUGUAUGAUUUCCAUAAGGAAUGUUUGUUGGCUGGUCUGGUUGUUUUUACAGGAGCUCACCAGCAAUUUAAAAAUUGCUUUUGUUGGGGUUCAGAACAACAGAUGAAGACAUUAAGAACGGUCUGGGGGACAUGGAACUGGGGAAGAUUGAAGCCAAAGGAGUGUCUGAGCAGAAGCUUGACCCAACCUCAGAUUUCCAUGCCACCCAAGGACCCACAAUAUUAUCUGAGGCAGAAGGACGAGUAGCAACAUAAGUUGCUCCCUUCAUUUGCCAUCAGAAAGAAGAACCCCAGAUCAUCACACACACACACACACACACACACACACCCAGCAGUGUUGUGCUUCCUUUAAGGGAGCGGGAGCUGCAAGAGUCCAGUUGGAGGUUGACCUUUGUGAGGUGAGCAGGCUGGACUUGGGAGUUUUCAGCAGAUUUUGAGCUGAGCUCUGCUUGCUUUGGAUAUGCACACAGGCUUUCGAAUGGGGUCAGUCACGUUUUUAACAACCCCCUUCAAAUGCUUGUGACAUUCCUGGUUGUCGUUUUUAUAAUGAUAAGAAUACUUACAAGUCUCAUACAUGCCCAGUUUUGGGGGGGGGGGUCUACCAGUUACCUAGCAGGAAACAAGGUCUCAUUAUCUCCCCAAGGCAGAAGAGUGGUACUAUUGGUCCUUGACCAACCACAAUAUAAUAUAUAAAUACCAGCUUUCAUUGGAAGGUUGUGUGAAAGAUUUUACAGCUUCCUUAAGCACUUUGUUGAACUGCUUCUGUGAUUCCUUAACAUGUAAACAAAAAUCCUUCCCUACAUAUUCAGUGGAUAAAGUGGAUUAUUAUGUCCCCACUUUCCUGUUUGUUUGGUUCUGAAGUAUUUAAAAGAAUGUAAAAACAAUGUCAUUCUUAUUCAGCAUGCAAAAGCUUUGUUUUUUUAAAAAGGUGAUGUAGCUGGUCCUGAAAUGCACUUAUUUACUAAAUUAGGAAGAGAUUGAUAAAAUAGCAGAGCAACCCAAGCCCUGGCCAAAUAGUGAUAGCCCAUCACAGAGGCCAUC